AUGUUGGCGGUGCCAGCAAAGUACGGCGGGGAAGGCGGGGCGUCUGGCGGCGCGCCGGCGGAUCUUGGCUCGGCCUUGUUUCUGUCAGCGGCGGCCGGGGGAACGACGACGCUGCUUUCUCGCGGCUCUCAGGGCGCAGACGGGUCCUGUGUGAAGACGCCAGGAACGCGCGGCGCGCCUUGCGAGAAGUUUGAGUCCUCGAGGGUGCUGCGGCCUGAGGCGCUGUCCUCCUCGCGCUUCGCUGCGGUCGGCGCGUCAGACUGCCCGCGCACCGACGACGGCAGAGAUCCGACAGCCGCUACGGAAGGCAGCGAGGGCUGCAGAGUGCAAGCUCCGGACGCGCAGGGGCGUCAGGACGCCGGAGCGACGCUGAAGACUCGGGGGGCGGCGGCAGGCGCAGCGGGGGGCAAGCCAUCGAGGGGUGCCACCUCGGCCUUGCUCGCCGCUGAACUGAAGGGGGCCUCCGGCGCGGUGGGCGGGACCUCCUACGGGUUCGCUGGCUCCUCGCAGAAGACCGACCGGCUGCAGAUGAGCAACCCCUGCGCCUCGGCCGUGCAUGCGGAUUUGUCGCUGGUGUGCCCGCUGCAUGCGUAUCGCUUUUGUCUGCGGGACUUCGACUUUGGGGGAUUUCUCGGCGAUGGCGCUCACGGAUGCGUCUUCGUUGCCCGGGAACGAAGAAGCGGCUUCGUCUGCGUGCUCAAGUGCAUCACGAAGGCGCAUUUAGUCCGCGGCGGAAACGAAGCCCUGCUGAAAAAAGAAGUCGAGCUCCAGGCCCACCUCAAACACCCUCACAUCUGCUGUAUGUACACCUGGUUCCAGACCAGCAGCGCCAUCUUCCUCGUUAUGGAAUACUGCUUGAAAGGAGACCUCUUCGCUAUCCUCGACAAAACCACUUUCGGAUUUGACGAGCAGACCGUCGCAAAGCAGCUCUUUCAAAUCACCUGGGCGAUCCGGACGUGCCACGACAAGCGAAUCGCGCACCUUGAUAUCAAACCUGAGAACGUGCUGGUAGACCACAAGGAUCAGCUGAAGCUCGCCGACUUCGGUCUGUCAGCUCACAUUGGCGGCGAGCACCGCAAGCGGGGUGUAUCCAUCAACCGCGGCACCUGCGACUACUUUUCACCUGAGCAGUGUACCUUCCGCCUGAGAAACGGCGACAACGUGUGCAGUUUCGACGAGAAAAGCGACAUAUGGACGAUUGGAAUUCUCGGAUUCGAGCUCUUCUUCAAGUUCCCUCCCUUCGGCUCGCAGUGCCACAUCGACGAGGAGACGGUCAUGCAAAACAUCCGCAACAAGCACUGGAGCGAGCGGGUGGAGCAGGAAGCCCUUCGCGAUCCCCGAGUAAACGAAAAAUUGAUGUCCAUGAGCGACGAUUUCAAGGCGUUUUUGUCGGCGUGUUUGAACAAGAAGGCCUCGCUGCGGCCGACGGCGGAAGCGCUGCUCGAGUUCCCCUUUCUUCAGAAAAACAACCCUGAAGUGGUCAACAGCGUCCACUUCCUGCAGCAGCCGCGCCACCAGCAAGGCCACAAGGGAUUCAACCAGCCUGCGGGCCCGUGGCAGACGCCGCGUCCUACGUGUUGCUGA